AUGUGCGCUUUGAAUGAACUGGCUCGGUUGGCUGCAAAUACCGUUGGUGCAAAGGAGGUCGUCAAUAUCGAAAAAUGCGCAGAUGGCCUUUUCAACAAAGCCUUCGUCUUCACCUUCGAAGAUGGAAAACAAGUAGUUGGGAAGAUUCCCAAUCCGAUUGCCAUUACUCCCCAUCUUACAACUUCUAGUGAAGUUGCAACUAUGGAGUUUAUGAGAACUGUGCUUAAGACUCCCGCUCCACGAGUCUAUGCAUGGAGCUCCAGAGUUGAUGGUAGCAAAAAUUCUGUGGGAGCUGAAUUCAUCAUCAUGGAGAAGAUUUCAGGCAUUCCAUUGGGAAAAGUCUGGGAGCGUCUCUCAGGAAGCGACAAGAUGAAGGUUCUAAUCAACAUCUUCGAAUAUCAGAAUGAAUGGGCGUCUGUUGCAUUCUCAAGAUUCGGAAGUCUAUACUACUCGGGAGAUGUAGACACCCUGCCUGCGGACUAUCUUUAUAUCGACAAGAAUGGGAAUCAAGUCAAUAACCCUAGAUUCGUCGUAGGACCAGCUUCACACAACGAAUGGUUUAUUCACGGACGGGAUUCCGUUAGCUGUGAUCGAGGACCCUUGAUUGACUAUAGGAAGGCAAUCGCCCAUCGAGAGAUCACGGCUUCUCGGUUAUUACCAUUCCCGAGACAGACCUUGCUGAUUUACGGCCCCCGUCCACUCUACUUACCAACUGUUGAGAAAAAAGUUGCAGCUUUGAAGUGCUCUUUACAGUCUUUGGAGACUUUUCUCUCUGAGGAUCCAGCUCUUCUCCGGGGCCAUCUCUGGCACACUGAUUUCCACCAUGAAAACAUAUAUGUGAACCCAGAGAAACCUACUGAAAUAACUGGAAUUAUUGACUGGCAAUCAACACCGAUAACGCCACUAUUCGACCAGCCCUUAGAUCUUCCAUUUGUGAACUAUGAUGGCCCAGAUAUCGGUGAAAAUCUCGAAAUACCUGUGUUGCCUGACGAUUUCCAAUCAAUGCAGGAGGAUGAAAAAAAGAAAGUCCACAAGAAUUACAUGGAUAAGUCUGCUGUGGUUGCAUGGCGUCUUCUUCUGAAGCACAAGAACCCGGCGUAUUACAGAGCUGUCUUGUUUAAGCGUACCCCUAUCGGAUUGACUCUAGAGCUGUCUCGUCAAGUCUUUACCAUCGGGGAAUCCUCUCUUCGCACUAUAUAUGCAGAAAUGGGAGAAGACUGGCAGGAGUAUGCGCCCAAAGGAUCGGACAUGAACCCUGUCCCAUGCCCUUUCAACUUUUCACAGGCCGAGAUAACAGAGAUUGAUGAGGAUGAAGAGGCCACAGCCAGUAGCACAAGGAUCGCAGCUCAGAUUCAAGAGCACCUGGGACCACUAUACCCUCACAAAGGUGUUAUUGAACAUGAAAACUACGAGGAAGUAAAGAAAAUUCUAGGAGAGAUUAAGCAGGAGGUCAUUGAACAUCUGUUCGAAUCCACAGAUGAUAUCCAAACAUUUGAUAGUCAGUGGCCAUACAGAGAUUAG